GAAAGGAGCUGUGCCGCACCGCACCGCACCCUACAGAAGAAACUGUCUCUACCACCAUGAACAAAUUUUUUCAGUGGCCUUAAUAAGAGAUUUGAACAAGAACUCCUUGCUAGAAUGAAAGUCACAAUAAUGUUUUUGUCCUCACCAGACUCACCACCGAAGUGAAAAUCCCUUGAAUAACUUGAGUCAAACUCCAUCAAAGUCAGAACUACUUCGAAACUUAUAAAGAGACAGACUAUACAGCCAACAGUACUGUACUACAGCUCUUUUAAUGGAGCAUUGCCCAUCCAUUUGUCCAACCAGAACCUAGUCACUCUGUCAUUCCGAACUGAAACUGAAAUUCCUCUUUCAAAAACUUCAAACAGAACGCUAUUAACUUCUUAAUGGAGCUUGAAACAGAAUGCUAUCUAUAUUUAUCUAUUUUAUUAAAUAAAUCAUAGACUUGAGUAGGUGUAAACGUUGUCAUUUUUUUUUCCGCCCAAUAUUGCCCUUUCUAUCAAGCGUCACAUCCAAUCUGUCAAAUAAAAUUCAUUUUUCAUUUAUCAAACUGCCCAAAACUACUAACACUUUUCCUCAAUCAUUAUACUAUCCAAAUAUUUAAACGUAAUGCAUUUGCACUCACUGCUAGUUAUUAUAUAAAGUUCACAAUUCACUUGAUGUGAAACACCCGUGUGACAGUGUCACGCAUUUUUUCAUGCCCAAAUUGUCCUAUGUAACUGUCUAAGUUUUUCGUUUUAAAUUUUGAAUUUUUUUCAUUUUUUUCUCCUCCAUCUACCUUCAUCUAACUUCCUUUCUACAUGUACACACACACAGCCACUACUAAGCAUAAUUGGAACUAAUUGUGAUGAUGUGUUCAAUGCAGUGCAGGGAGAAGUAAUGGCAGAAAGAGCUGUGAGCUCUGUUAUUCAAUAUUUGGGACCAUUGUUAGCCGGUGAAGUAGAGUUGUUGAGGGGUGUUCGCAAGGAAAUGGUCAGUAUCAAAGCUGAAUUGGAGCGUAUGCACUCUUUCUUAAAAGAUGCAGAAUCAAGAGCAGAAACUGGAGAUGAAGGUGUGAAAAUAUGGGUGAAACAAGUAAGGCAAGUUGCUUAUCGGAUACAAGAUGUUAUCGAUGAACACAUUCUCUUGGUCUUGCCAAAACAACCUGGACUAUUCGGUUCCUUGCAUAAAGUCACUCGGACGAUCACUAAGCUAAAGCUACGACAUGAGAUAGCUUCUCAAAUCCAAGACAUCAAGACUACAAUCCGUGAGAUCCAGGAAGGAGCUGUUCGAUAUGGAUUCAGUACUAGUACUUCCUCAGAACAUAGCAGCACCAGAACCAGCAGCAUCACCAAGAACAACAUGUGGCAUGACCCUCGACUAGCUUCCCUUUUCAUAGGGGAUGACGAAGUCGUUGGCAUUGAAUCUCCUAAAUAUGAACUGAUAAGCAGAUUGGUUGACCAAAAUCAAUCACAACGAGCAGUGAUCUCGGUGGUUGGCAUGGAUGGAAUUGGCAAGACCACUCUUGCCAAGAAAGUUUAUGACAGCCAAGAAGUGGUUGCACACUUCAAUUGCAAAGCGUGGAUCAUUGUCUCUCAAUCAUACAAGCCAGAGGAGCUCCUCAAAACAAUGAUAGAGAAGCUAUCAGGGAUUUAUGUUCUACCUGAUGAGGGAAUUGAGUCACUCAUUGUCAAGUUAAGAGGAUAUUUAUCCAAAAAGAGGUACGUCAUUGUGUUUGAUGAUGUAUGGGAAACUGAUUUUUGGGGAUCCAUAAGACAUGCUUUACCCAAAAAUAGUGAAGGCAGUCGGGUAAUCAUCACCACACGCAGUGAACAGGUUGCUACAUUUUUCAAAGAAACUUCAGUGGAUCAUGUCCACGAGCUUGAAGCCCUAUCCGAAGAGAAGGCUUGGGAACUCUUUUGCAAGAAAGCCUUCCAAUUGGACUUUGAGGGUCAUUGUCCCUCUGAGUUGGAGGAAGUAUCCCAUGCAGUCGUUAGAAAGUGUCAAGGUUUGCCACUUGCAAUUGCAGCUAUAGGUGGUCUCUUGUCCACCAAAAAAAAAGGUAUAUCUGAAUGGCAAAAAUUCUAUGGUAGCAUGCACUCUGAAUUGGAAAGGAAUCCUAAUCUUACAAGCAUCACAAAAAUUUUGUUGUUCAGUUAUAAUGAUCUGCCUCACUACCUCAAAUCUUGCUUCUUGUACUUUGGCUUAAUGCCAGAGGACUACUCUAUCCGUUGUGGAAGACUAAUUCAGCUAUGGAUAGCUGAGGAUUUCAUUGAAAAGCAGAACGGAAAAACAUCGGAAGAAGUUGCAGAAGAAUACUUGACUGAGCUGAUCUGUAGACGCUUAGUUCAAGUGUCAACAACAAAAUUUGAUGGAAGAGUUAAAGAGUGUCGGGUACAUGAUGUAGUGCGUGAGAUUAUUCUCUCAAUGUCCGAGGAGUUUAGUUUGUGUCAAAUUUUGGAAAAAGAAAAUUCAAGUUUCAAUGACACAACUCGGCGGCUAUCUAUGCAUAUGCGUUAUUGCAACAGGGAUAAGGUUAUGGAAAGCAUUGGUAAAUCCCCAGUUCGUUCUGUUUUUCUUUUUCAAAGUGGAAAGCUGCCAAAGAAGCCCUUAUUGGGUACAGUAGCUGCAAAUUUCAAGCUUUUGAAAGUGCUGGAUCUUGGGGGUGCUCCUUUGGAUCAACUUGAUGAAGAAGUGGGAAAUCUAUUUAUUUUGAGAUACCUAAGUUUAAGGUGCACAGAAGUGAAGAUAAUUCCAAAGUCCAUAGGCAACUUGAAAAACUUACAGACUUUGGAUCUGAAAUAUUCCCCCGUGAGUGAGCUCCCAUUUGAUAUCAGUAGGCUCCGUAAGUUGCGACAUCUUUUUGUAGUAGGAAUGAAGAUACGGGGAGGGAUUGGUGGUUUAGAGGAGCUGCAAAUUUUGUGGUUUGUGGAGACAAAUGAUGGCGUAAUUAAAGAGCUUGAGAAAUUGAGGCAGCUAAGGAAGUUGGGAAUAAGGAAAUUGGAAAGAGAACAUGGGAGGGCUCUAUGUGCAGGCAUUGAGAAGAUGAAAUACCUUCAACAUUUGAAAGUAUUGGCCUCAAAUUAUGAUGAGAUUCUAGAUUUACAGUAUAUAUCAUCUCUACCUCAAUAUCUUCAACGUCUCGAGUUGGUUGGACGUUUAGAGAAGUUGCCCGAUUGGAUCCCGAAACUUCAAAAUCUAAUCACAUUACGUCUAUCACUACAAGAAUAG